UUGUAUAUCAUAUAGUCAUAGGAUUAACAACACAUACAAACCAAAGUUUUAUUAAAAUAAUAAUAAAAUGUCUAAUUUUAAUAUUUUUUGUAUAACUAUAGUCUCAAUGUUGGUGAUUAUCACCACAAUUGAUGGUCGCUAUGAUACCAGCAUUGAUGAGAAAACAGAUGAGGAAACAAAGUUCAAAGAAAUUAUCGGUGCAUUGCAUAACAUAUUUAACAAUAACUAUGAAGACGAUGACGACAACGACGAUAAUAAUGAUAGUAAUCAAGAAUCAAAUGAACAAGCACAAAUUGAUCGACAAUAUGUACCGCAAACACCUAUAACUGAUCGACAAAAUGUGCCGAAACAACCUCUACAAACAAACAAUGAAAUACCAUCUUCGUUACCGUCAUCAUCACCAUUAGAUAUAUUGAAUCAAGUUGGUGUACCGGGUGAAAAAAGAUUAGAACAAUUUAAGGCAUCAAUAGAUUCAAUUGUAGCACCUGUUGUAGCUGCACAUAAGUUACAAGCAAAUAAUGGAACAUCACAAAAUGCAUCAGCACAUGAUGCACCGGUAACACAUCUACAAACAAAUAAUGGAACAACAUUAUCACCAAUAGAUAUAUUGAGUCAAGUUGGUGUACCGGGUGAAAAAAGAUUAGAACAAUUUAAGUCAUCAAUAGAAUCAAUAGUGGAUCCUAUUAUAGCUGCACACAAGUUACAAGCAAAUAAUGGAUCACAAAAUGUAUCAGCACAUGGAUCAGCGCAUGCUGCACCGGAAUCACAACUACCAGCACACAAUGGAUCGGCACAUGCUGCACCGGUACCACAUCUACCAGCACAUAAUGAAUCAGCACAUGCUGCACCGGUACCACAUCUACCAGCACAUAAUGAAUCAGCACAUGCUGCACCGGUACCACAUCUACCAGCACAUAAUGAAUCAGCACAUGCUGCACCGGAAUCACAACUACCAGCACACAAUGGAUCGGCACAUGCUGCACUGGUACCACAUCUACCAGCACAUAAUGAAUCAGCACAUGCUGCACCGGUACCACAUAUACCAGCACAUAAUGAAUCAGCACAUGCUGCACCGGUACCACAUCUACCAGCACAUAAUGAAUCAGCACAUGCUGCACCGGUACCACAUCUACCAGCACAUGCUGCACCAGUACCACAUCUACCAGCACAUGCUGCACCGGUACCACAUCUAACAGCACAUAAUGAAUCAGCACAUGCUGCACCGGUACCACAUCUACCAGCACAUGCUGCACCAGUACCACAUCUACCAGCACAUGCUGCACCGGUACCACAUCUAACAGCACAUAAUGAAUCAGCACAUGCUGCACCGGUACCACAUCUACCAGCACAUAAUGAAUCAGCACAUGCUGCACCGGUACCACAUCUACCAGCACAUGCUGCACCGGUACCACAUCUAACAGCACAUAAUGAAUCAGCACAUGCUGCACCGGUACCACAUCUACCAGCACAUAAUGAAUCAGCACAUGCUGCACCGGUACCACAUCUAACAGCACAUAAUGAAUCAGCACAUGCUGCACCGGUACCACAUCUACCAGCACAUAAUGAAUCAGCACAUGCUGCACCGGUACUACAUCUACCAGCACAUAAUGAAUCAGCACAUGCUGCACCGGUACCACAUCUACCAGCACAUGCUGCACCAGUACCACAUCUACCAGCACAUGCUGCACCGGUACCACAUCUAACAGCACAUAAUGAAUCAGCACAUGCUGCACCGGUACCACAUCUACCAGCACAUAAUGAAUCAGCACAUGCUGCACCGGUAUCACAUCUACUAGCACAUAAUGGAACAGCACAUGCUGGAUCCGAAUCACAUCUACCAUCACACCAUGGGUCAACACAUGUUGCACCGGUAGCACAUCUACCCGCACAUAAUGGAACAUCACAAAAUGUGUCAGCUCUUCAUGUUCAUGAUGUACAUAAAAAUGAUGAUCAUUUUGCAAAAACCCUAUUAGCUUAUAAAGGACAUGGAUAAUAUAAUAUUAAAAUAAAGUAACAACAAGGUCAUUUAGAGUUACAUAAUAUAUAUAUGUGACAAUUUCUAUAUAAAAAACAGUAUAAAUAAUAAUAAUAAUAAUAAACUUGUUGUAAACAUUUUUAAAUCAAU